GAGACUGAUUCAAAGGAAAGAACCUUCAAGUACCUCAUUCUGCAUGGUGAAUGCUAAGAGAUGAAAGUUUAAUAACGAGUUUAGAUUUUAGCAUUAUAGUUUUUUUGUCAACAACCCACUCUAUCAAGUCAAGUUAUGUUCGAUAGUUGAAAUAUGUUAUGAACAAUCAAGUCAAGUUAUGUUCGAUAGUUGAAAUAUGUUAUGAACAAUCAUUGAAUUAGUUGAAAUAUGUUAUGAACAACCAGCGAGAAAGAUCCGGGUCCGUAUCUGGUUUUGGUAUGAUGACAUCUAUUCUGCUUAGCUUGUAAAGAAUUUUGAAGUUCUGUUGACCACUCUGAGUAGUUGUCGCUGCUGAGCAGGACAGAUGUAAUUAGAGACCCUGGAUUAUCAGAUGGGUGUAAGUAGUAAGGCGAAGAAGCUGUAAGAGCUGAUGAUGCCGCAAGAGGUAGAAUAUCACCCAUCGUUGUAACUUGUAGUAGUACAACAGAAAAAUAUGUGUUUAGAAAAUUUUUAGGUCAGAAUCUUGUAGCUCUGAUACCAUGAAAUAUGUCAUGAAAGCGUGUGUUUAUUGAUCUAAUGUAAUGAGUAUAUAUCCUAAGUUAGCUAGGUAAAGGUACAAUAGAGAUAAGUCUAAAUCAUAUAUAUAUAUAUUAGGAAUAGGAAAUCUUCAUGUUUAUCCCUUUAAUAGUAACGAUGCUUAUGGACACGCCCCCAUCCGAACCUGUCUAACUUAUGUGGAAAAAUAAAAUGUCUCGUUGUCUGACUUCUUUAGCUAGUGCUCACUCAUUGAACUAACAUUUUGGUUUAACAUUCCUAGGAUUCACAAUAAACAAAGAGCUAACCUUUUGUUUUAAAUAUGUAGAUAUAGAUAAACAUGAUGCUAGAUUCAAUUUUACAUAUCGAUGUACCACCGUAAUAAAAAUAUAUUUUGCGACCAACAUCCAUGUUAAAUAAUGCUAAUUUAAGAGAGGAUUUAUUCCUUUUUGACAUCAAAAGGAUUUAAUCUUUUUUAAAAAAAACGACCAAUUUUUUUUUCUUUCUUUUUUUAAUAAAGUUCGACCAAUUUUAUACAGCGACAUAUUCUCUUAACCAAAAACAAAAUAAUUAACUGAUUACAAGUGUCCGGCAAAAGACAUCUAUAUUCACUCGUGGCUCUUCCUAAAAAUAGAAACUUAUGUGAAGCUAAAAUUCCUCACUAGCAACCUAAAAACACUCUUAUUACAACAUUACAAACGACCACCCAAAGACACGAAAAAGAAAUUCCCCGACUAUUAGAAAACACAAUAAUCAAUCAAACAGAAAAAAAAAACACAUCUUCGAGCUAGAUCAAACAGACCUAAUCUCACUCAUCACCACUUUCUCAAUAUGGCCGGAAGAGCAGUGAUGCUCGUUAAUGUCGGAACAGUUAUAAUGACCACUUUGACCCUGGCUAGCUUGGUCAGAGGCUUCGGUGUGAACUGGGGCAAUAUUGCAUCGCAUCCACUGAAUCCUGAUAUUGUUGUUAGGAUGCUUAAAGACAACAAGAUCAAUAAAGUGAAGCUUUUUGACGCUCAUUCAUGGACGAUGAAUACUUUGGCCGGUACGGGCAUGGAGGUUAUGGUCGGAAUCCCUAAUAACCUUCUUGAAAGUCUUGCCGAAGAUUACGAAAAUGCUAAAGAUUGGGUGAAAGAAAAUGUCACGGCUUACAUGCGUAAGGGUGGCGUCAACAUCAAGUACGUGGCCGUGGGGAAUGAGCCGUUUUUGUCAGCAUACAACGGAUCGUUCUUGGAGACAACGUUUCCAGCAUUAAAGAACAUUCACAAGGCGUUAAAAGAAGCUGGACAUACUGAUAAAAUGAAAGCCACGAUCCCACAGAACGCUGAAGUUUACCAAUCAGCUAAUGAUAAGCCAUCAGAAGGAGAUUUUCGAAGCGAUGUAAAGAAAACGAUGCUCGACAUUGUCAACUUCUUCCACGAUAAUGAUUUACCUUUCACGGUCAACAUUUACCCUUUUCUUAGUCUUUACCUAAACGAACAUUUUCCCGUUGAAUUUGCUUUUUUCGACGGUAAAGGUGAGUCAAUUCCUGAUAAAGGUAAGAACUACGAUAACGUGUUUGAUGCGAAUUACGAUACGCUUGUUUACUCGUUGAAGAAAGCCGGGAUUAAAGAUAUGAAGAUUAUCAUUGGGGAGAUUGGAUGGCCAACGGAUGGUCAUAAACAUGCGACGCCAAAGCUAGCAGAGAAAUUCUAUGCAGGUCUUAUGAAAAGACUUGCAAAAGAGGAAGGGACUCCAUUGAGGCCUGAGAGAUUAGAAGUUUAUCUCUUUGGUUUCCUCGACGAGGACAUGAAGAGUAUUAUGCCUGGACCAUUCGAGAGACAUUGGGGAAUCUUUAGAUACGAUGGAACACCUAAAUUUAUGCUAGAUUUCACUGGAAAAGGACGCAAGAUCGUACCCGUGGCAGCGAAAGGUGUGGAAUACUUAGAUAAACAAUGGUGCAUAGUGAACAAAGACACGAUCAAUCUAGAUAAGGUUGCUCCGGACCUAGAGUAUGCAUGUUACCACGGUGACUGCACUGCGAUGAAGGGUGAUUCAAGAUGUAGUAAGCUAGACAGAAUCCAAAACAUAUCAUACGCAUUUAACAUGUAUUAUCAGAUCCAGGGUCAAGACGUUAAGGCUUGUGAUUUCAAAGGAACUGCUAGGAUUACUAAGGACAAUGCAACUGUGGGAAGUUGCUUGUUCCCUAUCCAGAUCGUAAGUGGAAGUGACGACUUCAGCAUCAACUUUGUGUUCGGAAGAUUCAUUGUCGUUGGACUUGUUCUUCUUGGAUUAAUAGCAACUAUAUAAUUUGUUUUCUUUACUGAUUUUUGUUUUUUUUUGCAAUUUUGGGGAAUUAAUUCCAUACGGUUAAUUGUAAUUUGUUGUUCGUCUGAUAACAUUUGAAUUAGUACUUCUAUAUAUGUGUUUGAUAAAUCCAUAUAGUCAAAUGAUCAUAUACUCGUUUAUAGGAAGUGGAAUGAAAUAAUCAGUUUAAAAAAAUCAUAUACUCGUUUAUAGUUAUUUUUCGUUUAUAUUUCAAUUUCAUUUGUAAACAUAUAUACAUAUGUUCAUUAUAUCAAUGUAUAUUCAAGUGUUCAAUCAUAUCAUCAUUCCACAAACUUUAUGGUGAUUAAAAAAAAACUGUUUCUCCAUCCUAUCAUCAACUUUGAUGCGUUACGUAUAAAUACAAAGCCACACCACAUGAUUCUUUUUGUCAUCUGAAAUAUUAUUAUUCAAACACACGUUACAAAACCAAACAUGUGUAGUUACAAGUCUGAAACAUCAGAGUAAAGACCAAAAAGAAAAAAAAAACCAAAUCGGCGAUUUAGAUGAAACCUAAAAUCCAAAACCACAACCUGGUGGUUGCUAAAGAAACACCCCAGAGCCUCAACCACCAUAAGCAAGACUCCAAAUCAACCUUAGAGCAUCCGCAACGAAGGUUUAUCACGAAUCUUUAGCACAAAAUCCUAGGUUAAUAUGAAUACAAUAAUAUUAUAAAACUUAAGUUAGCUAAGAAUUGGUCCUUAAUUAAGGAUUAUAAGGAUUUGGUCCUUAGAGACGUGGCAUCGUGCUAUUGGGUCGGUGGAAAUUUUAAUUUCACAUAUUUUAAAAUUUAAAUUUUACUUUUAUAUUUAAUCAUGUAUCUUUAUAUUUAAUCAUGUAAUAAAUAAAAAAUUUAAUGGAGUUAAAUCUAUUUAAUAUUCACCAAAAUUUUAAAAUUUAAAAUUUUAUCUUUAUAUUUUAUUGUAUCUUUAUAUUUAAUCAUGUAAUAAAUAAAAAAUUUAAUUUCACAUGUUUUAAAAUUUAAUAUUUUUUAAUUCCUAAGAACUCCAAAUUGGAAAACACCAUUGGACAUACAAUUUUGAUUAGAGUCCUUAACUAUUCAAACAAAAAAAAUAAAAAAAAAAUAGUUUAAUAAUGCUAAAGACUCUAAUGAUGGUAACACCAUCGUAGAUGCUCU